CUCUGUCCCGAUUCCCUAAAACCCAUCGAGGAGAGGCCACUCCAUCUGAAGUUUAUACAUAGCGCUGCUCGACUUCAGACCAAUCAACAUGACACAUCAGUUUCCAGCUCUCUCUACGGAGCAGAAGAAGGAGCUUUCCACAAUUGCCCAGCGCAUUGUGGCUACUGGAAAAGGCAUUUUGGCUGCAGAUGAGUCCGCAGGCACCAUGGCAAAGCGUUUUCAGAAGAUAAAAGUGGAGAACACUGAAGAGAACCGCCGCAGCUUUCGUGACAUCCUCUUCUCUGUAGACAAUUCAGUCUCUGAAUAUAUUGGUGGUGUCAUCUUUUUCCAUGAAACACUGUACCAGAAAUCACACCAGGGAGUUCUGUUUCCAAAAGUCAUCAAGGACAAGGGCAUCGUAGUUGGUAUCAAGGUGGACAAAGGCACAGCAGGACUGGCUGGUACCGAUGGAGAGACAACCACACAGGGAUUGGACGGUCUGUCUGAACGCUGUGCCCAGUAUAAGAAGGAUGGUUGUGACUUUGCCAAGUGGCGUUGUGUGCUCAAGAUCUCUGACAGCUGCCCCUCUGCUCUCUCAAUUGCUGAAAAUGCCAAUGUUCUUGCCAGAUAUGCCAGCAUUUGCCAACAGAAUGGCCUAGUGCCUAUUGUAGAGCCUGAGAUCCUCCCAGAUGGAGAUCAUGAUCUGCAACGCUGCCAGUAUGCCACCGAGAAGGUCCUGGCGGCUGUGUACAAGGCUCUCUCUGACCACCAUGUGUAUCUGGAGGGAACUCUGCUCAAACCAAACAUGGUCACCGCUGGACACUCCUGUACCAAGAAGUACACCCCUCAGGAGGUUGCCAUGGCAACAGUUACUGCGCUCAGACGCACAGUGCCAGCUGCUGUACCGGGCAUCUGCUUCCUCUCUGGUGGUCAAAGUGAGGAGGAGGCCUCUCUGAAUCUGAACGCCAUGAACCAGCUUCCUCUGCACAGACCCUGGAAGCUGAGCUUCUCUUAUGGCCGUGCUCUCCAGGCCUCGGCUCUUGCUGCAUGGAAGGGACAAGCAGCAAACAAGAAGGCUACACAGGAUGCCUUUGUCACACGUGCCAAGACCAAUAGUCUUGCAUCAAAAGGUGAAUACAAACCCUCAGGUCAGGCUGACCAAGCAUCUACACAGUCCCUUUUUACUGCCAGCUAUGUCUACUAAGAUCAACAACAAACGACAGCAACUUGUGCUGGACCGUACAAAAUGUACAUGCAAAGGAUAUUCAAGAUGACAUGACAACAAAUUACAAAUGUUUAAAUAUGUUCAUGCAGUUCUUACAAAAAUUACUCAACUAGACUCCAUUCAUCGAAAUUCUUUUCAGUUUUCAUGCAUUUGAAUUCACCGAAUGCUUUUCAUUUUGAAAUAAAUGAUAAAAUGCA